AUGGAAGUGGGCACGGCGCCCGAAAUACCAAAUCAAAAGAGGAAACGCGGUCGUCCACCUAACGCGUCCAAGGCUGGAGAAGACGCGUCGGGGCGCGCAGAAGAGACAGCAACACGGAGGCCGAAGCCAACAGAGGAAGCGCAAGCGGGAGAUGCAGGAGGCGUAUCCAAUCCGGGGCCAAAGAAACGAGGACGACCUAAGAAGACGCCUCAUACUGAACCCCAAGAGGAAGAAUCCGCGCCUGCUGUCGUUGAGAAGCAGUCCAAACGAGGCCCUAAAGCUAGAGAGGAAACUAUCGCGGAGGAACCGCUCAACCCUAAGAAGAGAGGGCGACCGCCCAAGGACCGUACGGAACAUGUCAGUACCAAUGCGCCUGCAGAGGAAACGAGACCACGGAAACGGAGGAGGCCGACUCCUGCUGCGGAGGAGCCAGUAGAAGACGAGGUCCAACCAGAUCCGGAACCAACCAAAAGACCAAGAGGGAGGCCGAGCAAGGACACCGGAAAGGCGACAGCGAAGGGCUUGCGAGGCAGAAAAGAAGUAGCGUCCAUCGAGGAGGAACCAGCACAGGAGGAGGACGUCCGCCGAAGUACAAGAUCAACCAAUCCAAGUCAGCAUUCCUCCAAACCAACUCAACGUAGCAAGGAGAAUAGACGAGAUCCAUCAGCACACCUGGACAACGGUCGCUCAUCACUAGCCGAAGUAUCUGCCUUUCAAGCUCAGAACCGGAUGUCUCCUCCGCAGAACAAACAGACCACCAAGAGCAGGAAAGGAAAGAAGGUUGCCGAAGCCGAGGACGUAGACGUUGAGGAGGCGGCGCCAACACGACAACGUCGAAGGGGUCAGACUGUUCCAGAAGUAGAAUAUUCCGAACGUCCUGAAGCUGCCCGGAAAAACAAGCGCGGACCAGCACAUCGUCCCCCCAAUGCUACCAUAAGAGAGAAGGCUAUACCUGCAGCCGCUGCUAAGCAACAGCGGGCAGAGAAACGGUCAGCCAAGGACUCUGAUACGAAUACCCCGGGGCCAACAGAAAAGCCACGACGACGGAAAAAUGUAGAGCCGGACGAGAAUGAAGGACCUCCUGCUCAACAACAACCCAAAGAACCAAAGGAAAAGCCCCCGCCUGUCCCCAAAUACCGCCACCUCACUUCUCGCACCCGACAGAUCCCCCGAUCCACCAUCGCCUCCAAAUGGUCACCGCUCGAUCCCCCCUCCAUCGCCGCAGUAGACAGCAUUAUCGCCGACGCCCAUCGCCCGAUCCUCUUCAGUCUCCGCGAAACCCGCAGCGACUCGAGUCGGUACGCCCAUGCCCAAGACAUACUGACCACCUUCGCGUCUCGUCUACACAAGAAGCUAGAGAAGGGCAUGCCAUUUCCGCCACCUUCUAUUCCUUCUGUCUCCAAGCAACCGAGGGACAUCAACGGCGAACCAGCAGGCGCAAGUCACGAAGCGGAGUUCGACUUUGAGAAGACCGUCAACGCGAUCCAAGCGCUCGAGAGGACGCUCGAUCCACUGCUACACUCUGUCGCACUUCUUAAGCGGGAGAAGGAGAAGGAGGAGCAGGAGUUAGAGCGGGCGUACAGGCGGUUGAGAACGCUGGAAACGAAUGCGCGGACGCAAUCGAGGGGCUGGAGGGAACGCGGAAAGCGGGACCACGUGUUGGCGCCGGGCAUACGGCCUACUGGACCUGGUGCUGCAAGGGAUUGGGAGGAGGAAGGGGAGAUUGAGUUGGUCAAGCCCACAGAGAAGGACACACGUGGGAGUGUCUUCAAGGAAAUCGAAGGGGACGAGGAGCUCGUCAAGGUGGCGCAGCAGUUGGGAAGCCAUAUGGAGAGUAUGAGAGGGAACUUGGAGCAGAUUGAGGGGGUGGUGCCUGCUAUGGAGAAGACGAAGGGCGCGUUGCAGGGUGUUUUGCAAAAGUAUCUCGAUGAUAAGCAAUAUGACCAGGUUGUGUUUGGGUAAGGCGUUGGCGGAGUUGUACUUCGGUGGUGAU